AUGGCAACAUAUCCCAAGAUGGAAAUUUAUGACAACGUCAUCGCGGCCUUCAAGGGCGCCGACGACGAAAACAUCAUUGACCGAACCCUGAUCAGCCGUGAGUCUCUGCUAGCUUCGGCCAAGAUGCCGUCACCGACAUUUAGUAUCAGAAGACUCAGAUUCCUCUUAAGGACGCCAAUUUCCAGCCUCAGAUAA